AUGGAUGAGGAUUUCGAGUUCCCGAGUGUUGGCAGCAUGGAAAUGCCUGAGGAGGAGAUAGAGAGUUCGAUCCUUAAGGUUGGGGAGGAGAAGGAGAUUGGGAACAUGGGUAUGAAGAAGAAGCUGCUGAAGGAAGGUGAAGGUUGGGACACCCCCAACAGUGGAGACCAAGUUGAAGUGCAUUAUACCGGAACCUUGCUUGAUGGAACUCAAUUUGAUUCUAGCCGUGGUAGGGGGACACCUUUCAAGUUCAAGCUUGGCCAAGGGCAAGUGAUCAAGGGAUGGGAUGAAGGUAUUAAAACUAUGAAGAAAGGUGAAAAUGCCCUUUUCACCAUUCCCCCAGAAUUGGCUUAUGGAGAGUCUGGAUCUCCUCCCUCUAUUCCCCCUAAUGCAACUCUGCAGUUUGAUGUGGAGUUGUUGUCUUGGACAAGUGUGAAGGACAUAUGCAAGGAUGGAGGAAUUUUGAAGAACAUAAUUACUGAAGGGGAGAAAUGGGAUAAUCCUAAGGACCUUGAUGAAGUCUUUGUCAAGUACGAAGCUCGGCUUGAAGAUGGAACAGUCAUUUCAAAAUCUGGUGGGGUGGAAUUCACGGUGGAAGAGGGGUAUUUCUGUCUUGCUUUGGCUAAGGCUGUGAAAACAAUGAAGAAGGGAGAGAAAGUUCUCUUGAAUGUGAAUCCACAGUAUGCAUUUGGUGAGAGCGGAAGGCCAGCAUCAGGAGAAGAAGGUGCCGUACCUCCAAAUGCUUCACUUCAAGUGGAUCUUGAGUUGGUCUCGUGGAAGAACGUGUCUGACAUUACCAAAGAUAGGAAGGUUCUCAAGAAGACUUUGAAGGAAGGAGAGGGAUAUGAACGACCAAACGAUGGAGCUGUAGUUCAAGUGAAACUAAUUGGCAAGCUACAAGAUGGAACUGUUUUCAUUAAGAAGGGCCAUGACGAUGAACAGCCAUUCGAGUUCAAGAUUGAUGAAGAGCAAGUAAUUGAUGGACUUGACAAAGCUGUGAAGAACAUGAAGAAAGGUGAAAUUGCAUCGCUGAUCAUACAACCAGAAUAUGCUUUUGGCUCAUCUGGGUCCCCUCAGGAAUUGGCUAUUGUUCCUCCCAAUUCAACUGUGUACCAUGAAGUUGAGCUGCUUUCCUUUGAAAAGGAGAAGGAAUCAUGGGAUCUGAAUACACCAGAGAAGAUUGAGGCAGCUAGGAAGAAAAAGGAAGAAGGGAAUGCUUUAUUUAAGGUUGGAAAAUAUGAAAGAGCGGCAAAGAGAUAUGAAAAGGCCAUAAAAUUUAUUGAAUACGAUUCCUCCUUCAGUGAUGAGGAGAAACAGCAAGCCAAGACAUUGAAAAUCACAUGCAAUCUCAACAAUGCAGCCUGUAAGUUGAAGCUAAAGGACUACAAACAGGCAGAGAAGAUGUGCACCAAGGCGUUAGAGCUUGAUAGUAGAAACGUAAAAGCAUUGUACCGGAGGGCACAAGCAUAUCUUCAUCUUGUGGACUUGGAUCUAGCUGAAAUGGACAUUAAAAAAGCCCUUGAGAUUGAGCCGGACAACAGGGAUGUGAAGAUGGAGUACAAAAUUUUGAAGCAGAAAGUGAGAGAAUACAACAAGAAGGACGCUCAGUUUUACGGCUGCAUGUUUGCUAAAAUGAAUAAACUAGAACAAGCUAGAGCAGCAACAGCAAACCAGGAGCCUGUGCCAAUGACUAUUGACAGUAAAGCUUAA